AUGUGCAACAUUCUCUCCGGAUCAAGGAUGUGGGUGGUAUUGUUAUGCUAUUUAUUAGCACAAGCAAAGACCUACCCUUUACAAGGAUGGCCUGUAUAUCCUCAGGCUUCACGGGAAUAUCCUGAAGAUGAUUACUAUUAUGCUCCUAAAGUACAAUACUACUAUGACGCUCCAGCUAUAAAUGUACCUGAAGUAUACGGUCAAGUUCCCUACACUUACUUUUAUGAUCCAUAUGGUCAUUUCGCAAAUGAGGAGCCAAAACGGCAAGAAGAAAGACUCGCUGCGUUACCUAUAGGCCAGGAGACGUGGUUUGAAAGCGAUUCGAACCCGCGAUGGAGAUCUAACAAUAUGGAUGACGUCAAUGCCGCUUUCUUAGAUAACUUAAUUUUGACUCAAAUGGCUCAAGAUGCUCAAAGACGGCGCGAAAACGCCCGUGCCGCAUUUUCUAAUAUGGAAUACGAGGAAAAAGAAAACGAAGACGAAGAUGUCAGAGAACUAAAAGCAUUGGCUGGAAAACCUCUUUACCACGUCCCGAAAACUGUCCCUAGAAUAGAAGAUGAUGAUUACGUUGAUGAUGAUCCUGAUAGCUUUAUCAACUGGAACGGAAAUAAGAGAAGUCUCACUACUACCGAAAGCUCAACCACUACGGAAACACCAAAAUCUGGUCAAAAGGAAGUUCUUAUGUUGCGUCCGGCGGUGCAACACAGCCGUCAAAGAAAUCAAGAUAAAGAAAACAACAAAAAGACACCAUUCUACAACACAAUCACGCAGUACUUAGAAAAACAAGGACAUAAAAUAUCGAAAGGACGCAAAAUUGAGAAACGCUUCGUCUCAUCCGACUCCGAUCUAGUUGUUGAGCUUCGAGGAUUGAAACAUCGCAUCGCCACUUAA